AUGUAUUGUGUACGUGAGUAUGAAAAUUAUAAAUCCUUGUUGCAUGAGUCUUUUGCUAAUGUUUCUGGUAGAGUUAGCUUUACAAGUGACUUGUGGACUGCAUGUAAUAACUGUGGCUUUCUCACUUUGACUGCUCAUUAUGUUGAUGAUAGUUGGUCUCUUAGGUCUAAAAUUUUAAAUUUUAGAUAUUGUGGCGCUCUUCAUACUGGUGUUGAUGUUCGAAAGUCAAUGGAUGUUAUGGUUGAAUAUUUGAAAAAAGAAUUAAUGCAAAGUUCUCCUCUCCCUUGUAAUGGUAAAUUCUUUCAUUGUGCUUUUAAUGGUAAGCUAUGCCUUGAUGUUGUGACUCGUUGGAGUUCCACUUAUACAAUGCUCCGAAAAGCUUUAGAAGCUAAAGAAGCCUUGCUCCUAUUUACUAAUAGGUAUUUGGGUAUUUAUUAUAGACUUGAUGCUGAUGAAUGGGAUACCAUUCAAAAUAUUUGUGAUUUCCUUCAGCCAUUUUAUGAUAUUACUGUGUUAUUUUCUAGUGUUGAAUAUCCCACUGCUAAUUUGUAUUUUGUUAGUGUUUUAAGAAUUGAGUACGUUAUUUAUCAAGCCCAUAAAGACCUUAAACUUUCACCCAUGGCAACAGUUAUGCUUAAAAAGUUUGAGGGCUAUUGGGAGCAUUAUUCUUUGAUUCUUUCAAUUGUUGUUGCUCUUGAUCCUAGUUAUAAGCUUUAUUGA